CCGAGAAAGGCCGGCAUGCCAGCGGUAGGCGUGAGGAUGGUGACCCGCAGCCGGAUCCGGGAGCCUGGAUCCCGGUUACGCGGGGGCGGGGAGGCGGCUGCAGAAGGCAAGCUGAGUCAUUGUCCUGUGAAGCGCCAGCGAAAGACACAGAGACUGCAUGUGGCCUAUGAGUCUGCACAUGGUGAUGGUGAGGGACACAGAGUGGUUGAGCCCCUCCGGCCACCAGCCUGGGAGCCCCAGGAUUGGCAGAAGCAGCUGGAAAACAUCCGCACUAUGAGGAGCAGGAAGGAUGCGCCUGUGGACCGGUUGGGUGCUGAGCACUGUUACGACUCCAGCGCACCCCCGAAGGUGCAGAGGUACCAGAUACUGCUCUCACUCAUGCUGUCCAGCCAGACCAAAGACCAGGUGACAGCAGGUGCCAUGCAGCGGCUGCGAGCGCGGGGCCUGACGGUAGACAGCAUCCUGCAGAUGGAUGACAGCACGCUGGGGGCACUCAUCCACCCUGUAGGGUUCUGGAGGAGUAAAGUGAAGUACAUCAAGCAGACCAGUGCCAUCCUGCAGCAGCACUACAACGGGGACAUCCCUGCCUCAGUCGCAGAGCUAGUGGCCCUGCCUGGGGUUGGUCCCAAGAUGGCACACUUGGCCAUGGCAGUGGCCUGGGGCACCGUGUCGGGCAUUGCGGUGGACACACAUGUGCACAGAAUUGCUAACCGCCUCCAGUGGAUCCGAAAGCCAACCAAGACCCCAGAGCAAACCCAAGCUGCCCUGGAGGAGUGGCUGCCCAGGGAGCUGUGGGGCGAGAUCAACUCACUGCUGGUGGGCUUUGGCCAGCAGACCUGCCUGCCUGUCCGCCCACGCUGCCAGGACUGUCUGAAUCAAGAUUUGUGCCCCACUGGCCGGCGCCGCUGA